AAAGUUUCUGGGUAGAGUUGAGAAACACUGCCUAUCAGAGUACACUGUUCAGGCAGAUCAUGUAAGUUUACUUUCUGCGUUUCUAAAGACAAAGAAGCAAGUAAAUACAGCAUGAGAAGAAAAUCGUUGUAUCUUCUGACUGUGGGAGUCCUUGUAGCAUAUUAUGUUUAUACACCUCUCCCAGAUAACAUUGAGGAACCAUGGAGAUUGAUGUGGCUUAACACACAACUGAAAACUGUAGCACAUUUGGCUACAUUUGUUGAGGUGCUGGGACUUUACCACUUUAUGGAAUUCUUUGCAAUUGCCAUGAGCUUCACUGAAGUCCCACCAACCUCAGAUGAAAAUGUCACUGUGACUGAGACAAAAUUCAAUAACAUUCCUGUUCGUGUAUACGUACCAAAGAGGAAGUCAGAAGCACUAAGAAGAGGGUUGUUUUAUAUCCAUGGUGGUGGCUGGUGUUUGGGAAGUGCUGCUUUGCCUGAUUAUGAUUUGUUGUCAAGGUGGACAGCAGACAGACUUGAUGCUAUUGUUAUAUCAACCAACUACAGAUUAGCACCUAAGUAUCAUUUCCCAACUCAAUUUGAAGAUGUGUAUAAUGCCUUACGGUGGUUCUUACGUGACGAUGUUCUUUCAAAAUAUGGGGUGAACCCCGAGAGAGUCGGUAUUUCUGGAGACAGUGCAGGUGGGAAUUUAGCUGCAGCAGUGACUCAACAGCUCUCUGAUGACCCAGAAGUCAAGAUCAAACUCAAGCUUCAAUCUUUAAUUUAUCCUGCCCUUCAGCUUCUUGAUGUAGAUUCACCAUCAUAUCGAGAAAAUUCUCAUUUUCCAGCUCUGACCAAAUCACUCAUGAUCAGAUUUUGGAGUGAAUACUUUACUACAGACAGAUCACUUGAGAAAGCCAUGCUUUCCAACCAACAUGUACCUGUGGAAUCAAGUCAUCUCUUCAAGUUUGUUAAUUGGAGUUCCUUGCUCCCUGAGAAUUUUAUAAAGGGACAUGUUUAUGAUAAUCCAAUUCAUGGUAGUUCUAAGCUGGCUAAAAAAUAUCCAGGGUUCCUAGAUGUGAGGGCAGCCCCACUGUUGGCUGAUGACAACAAGCUGCGCCGUUUACCCCUGACCUAUGUAAUCACCUGUCAAUAUGACGUUUUAAGAGAUGAUGGACUCAUGUAUGUCACCCGACUCCGGAACGCAGGAGUUCAGGUGAUCCAUAACCAUGCUGAGGACGGGUUCCAUGGAACAUUUUCAUUUCUGAUGUUUAAAAUCAGCUAUAGGAUGAUAAAUCAGUAUAUUGGUUGGCUAAAGGAAAAUCUAUAGUAUAAUAUGUAUUCAUGAUGUGUUUUAGAAAUAAAGUAAAUCU